CUUCCGGUUUCUGUCCGCUGGGUUUGAGAGUUUAGGACCCUGGGUUGGUGGGGUGAGAAAGAGCAGCGACUCCUUCCUCCCAGACAGCUGAGCCCGCUGGGGCGGCAGGAUGCCUUGUGUGUAGCCCCCGGAACAGAUUUCUGAUCCCUAACGGCUGUGAUCAUUGUGAUGGAGCAAAAGAAAAAGCUGUUGGUCUCAGAUACUCUAGAGAGGGAGAGUUUGAAAAGUUCGUUUACAGGAAAUGAAGGGAAGAAUAAUUUGGAAACUGUUCAACACUGUAACCCUAAGGCAGAGAAACUUAAAGAGAGAACUUCAAAAUGGUUUAAAAGAGAUGGCCCACAAAACUGUAAACGUGAGGAUUCAAAAGAAAUGCUACUGACCUGGUCCCAAGGGGAUGAGAUUUGGUGUGAUAUCUAUGAGAACGAUGGCAAGUCAGAGAAUCAGGGAAAUUCUACAGAAAAAGAGGAAGAAAAGCCCAGUCACUGGGGAUGGGACCCAGGAGAACACGCCAAUGCCUCUGUCCAGCAGAAUUCAUCCUUCAGAGACAAGCCCUACAAAUGUUCUGAAUGUUGGAAAAGCUUCAAUAAUAGUUCUCAUUUGCGUAUUCACCAGAGGACCCACUCGGGAGAAAAACCUUAUAAAUGCUCUGAGUGUGGGAAAUGCUUUAGUAACAGCUCUCACUUGAUUCAGCAUCUGAGAACACACACAGGAGAGAAGCCGUACCAGUGUGGCGAAUGUGGGAAAAGCUUCAGUAAUACCUCCCAUCUUAUUAUCCAUGAGAGGACUCACACGGGAGAGAAACCCUAUAAAUGUCCUGAGUGUGGUAAGAGUUUCAGCAGCAGCUCUCACCUUAUUCAGCAUCACAGAUCACACACAGGUGAAAAGCCAUAUGAAUGUCCUGUCUGUGCGAAAUGCUUCAGCCACAGUUACGUUUUAAUAGAACAUCAGAGGACUCAUACUGGAGAAAAACCUUAUAAAUGCCCUGAUUGUGGAAAGGGCUUUGGUCAGAGUUCCAGCCUAAUUCGCCACCAGCGGACACACACAGGCGAGAAGCCAUACAAAUGUCUUGAAUGCGGCAAAAGCUUUGGUUGUAAUUCGACGCUAAUAAAGCAUCAGAGAAUUCAUACAGGAGAAAAACCCUAUCGGUGUACAGAAUGUGGGAAGAAUUUCAGUCGAAGUUCAAACCUCAUUACACAUCGGAAAACACACACAGGAGAACAAUCCUAUGAAAGUUCUGAAUAUGGAGAAAGUGUGCAUCAGAACUGCAAUAUAAUAGAAGAAUGCAGAAUCCAGCCAGGAGAGAAACCAUAUAAAUGUUGUGAAUGUGGAAAGAGUUUUGGCCUCAGCUCUCAUCUCAUUAGACAUCAGAGGACACAUACCGGAGAAAAACCUUACAGAUGUUCUGAGUGCUGGAAAACGUUUAGUCAGAGUUCCACCCUGGUGAUUCACCAAAGGACGCACACAGGAGAGAAACCUUAUAAGUGUUCUGACUGUGGUGAGUGCUUCAGUCAAAGCUUUAACCUCAUCAGGCACCGGAGGACCCACAUAGGAGAAAAACCUUACAAAUGUACCGACUGUGAGAAAUGCUUCAGCAGAAGUGCCUACCUCAGUCAGCAUCGGAAAAUUCACAUAGAAAGGUCUUUUGAGUCUCCUGAAGUUGAAGAUUUUCCUUGUGAAUGGACUUGGAAAAACUGUUCAGGGGAUAUGGCCCUUAUCUCUUCAUUUGCAGUUCCAAAUUCAUCAUCCUCUUAAGUCCCCAAGCCUGUUUCUUUUUUUCUCUUCUUAUUGGCCCAUUACAGUUAAGGUGUUCUGUGAUCAUUGUGCUACGAUGUUUCUGUGGUUUGUCUGUCAAAACAUUUAGAAAAAGUCAACCUCUCAGUUUAGAGCAUAGGAAGACCUAGAUCGUUGAAUCUGCCCAGUGAGAUAUACUGCCAAGGAUAGAGAAAAGUUAUUUUUGAUUUAAAGUAAUAUAAGAUGAGCUUCAAAGGAAAACAUAAAGAGUAAUCGUGGGAGUAAAUAAAAGGACACCGCAGAGCUUGACUCUGAGAUUGACAUUGAAUUGUCUUAUUUUCUCUGGCCUAAUGGGGUAGCAAUAAAUCAUUACUGGCCUCAGGGAUUUUCCCAGAAAAAAAGAUUCUUUUUGAACAAAUCACGUGAUUUCCUGGCCUUUUUGCUGGGUCUUAAUAAAGAAAAGAUUCAUUUUUUAAAUUCAUUUUUAAUUGCUGAACAUUAACUUUUGUAUCUAGAAAUGCACUGUCCAAUAUGAUAGCCACUAGCCACAUGUGACUAUUAAAAUUUAUAUUAAUGAAGAGUAAAUGAAAUUUAAAAUCCAGUUUUUUAGUCACACUAGCCACUUGCGAAGUGCUCAGUAUCUGCCACAUGUGACUGGUGGCUGCUGUACUGGAUAUCAUAAAAAGUAUUUUAAGAUCAUCUUUCUUGACAGACUCACAGAUAUUUCCUAUUUGACUCAUAAUAUUUCCUAUAAAUGCAGUCUGGGAUUUCUGCUCUCCAAGAGGGAUUGCAGUAUAGGAUAGAAAUGUGUUAAAAGGCACUAAAUCUAGGGACUGGCUGUUCUAAUGAUUGUAUAUUUUAAUGUAUGUUCAACCAUCUCGAUUAUCUAGCGAUAUGGUCUCAUUGUCUUGGCCAAAGCCAGAUUAGGAGAUGGGAUACUUGAAUUCUGUUUUAAAAAUUUUGACAAAUAGUUUUUAUCCUUCAGUUUUCCUAUUUCAUUAUCCCUGGUCAUAUUAAAAACUGUUUUUUUAAAAAAUAAUUAACCCACUGAAUCUGAGCCGGUGUCCAGGGACAGUCUGCCAUUGGAGACCGAGAUUCCUUAGAUGCGGUCUUAACAGUUUUCUUUUGCCUCUUGACUUAUGUGGUAUCAGACCAGAUAACUGAGACCCCAACCGCUCUGCUCAUCUGUCCAAUGGUAAUGAUGCUUUACAAAGUAUUAAGAUAUUUCCUAUUCCCCUAACCCUCAUUUUUUCCUGCUAGAUGUGUAGGAAGGUCAAGGCUCCUCAGUUGCCCAAGAUUUCAUCUCAUUUUUGGAUUUGGAAUAUAUUUUAUAAAGAAUAUAUAGAGACACAGAUUAAGAAUGUGGAGCCAGCGAGGGCCAAUGACAACUACUGCAAAGGGCUACAGCUCAUGGGUUUCGGAAUUGCAUGGGGAUUAUUUCUUCUUUCACGACUGUGGUGCACCUGAUACUGGUGAGGCAAUUGCACCUUUUGGUACAGGAUUGAAAAAUGAAGACGCAAAAGCUAGUGAAAGUAUUUAAGAACUAUUUGGGGUGAUUUUCUGCUUUCAAAAAGGGGGAGAACAUUGUUGGGCAUUAUUGGCUUUUAUGUGACCCUCCCCCCCGCCCCCCGCCUAAGCAUCUUUUUCCCUUUGUAUGUUAUAUAGAAUUGCUCAAAUCAUCUUAAACUAUAAUAUCUGAGGCCAAGUUUUUACGUUUUUUUGUUUUUUUGUUUUUUUGUUUUUUGUUUUUUGUUUUUUUACCAGAUAAGAGUUUGAUUGUUUGAUAAUUAAAUUUGGGCAUUUGCUAUUGAGGCUGAAAUUCAGUUGCAAGGUAGUAGCUGUUGCGGAGAUAGAAAAAUCAUCGAUCACAUGAUGGGUGGCAAGUAAUUGCUCUGAACCUCAUCUGUAAAGUGGAGAUAACACCCAUUUUGCAGGAGUACUGUAAAGAUUAAGUAAUUAAUUGUUUGCAAUGCAUCUAACACAGUGCUUAAAAUAUAUUGGAUUCAGCUUAUUGAAUUUUUUGUUGUUCAUGAAAGAAAAGAUUCAGUUUAAGUCAGGUAAGAACAGAAUAGCAAGUUCAAUUUAAGUUAAUCUGCGUCUGAAGAAAUUAACAACAGGCACAAUUGAUGUCCUGUCAUCACCUAUACUAUGUUUUAUGACUUCCCACAAUUAUGUAAAACCUAAUUCACAAACCUUGAUGUCUAUAGGAAUAUAGAUGUUCACAUUUUAAAUGGGUGACAAUAGGCUUCGUUAGUUUUGGCAAGAAUCUUGUCUCUUUGAAUUAAGAAUUAGGAAAACAGAAGAAAGAUUUGUCACUUACGGUGGAGAACAUAACAGUCGAAUUUAAUCAUAUUUGAUGCCUUUGCCUCAGUUUCAUUAUUCAGCAAGAAGGUUCUUCAUUUAGUUCCCCAAGAAGUAAAUACUCGGUAUUGUCUAUUUUUCUUGCCAGCACAAAGGAUACAGCACCUGAAAUAAAAAAUUCUUAUUUGCAA